AUGGAUCCUUCAAUUAUAUAUGAUUCAAUUCAGGUUAUCAAUGAAAAUGAUUUGAUUAAUGCCAAUCAUAUGAACACCAAUAACGAUAACAAUGUAAAUCAAAAUGAUCAAGUUGAUCAUCUUUUAUCUGAUAUUCAAAAGUAUAAUUAUACUUUUGAAAGCAACAAUCAGAACAGUCAUCAUUUUGAUUCCGAAGACGGUUCAUCACCAACAACCAACAAUAAUUUCAUUUGUAAUAAUAGUUGUAUUAAAGAUGCUCAAUCUUCUCCAAUUGCUUCCUCUCCUAUGAUUACUCAAUCAUCAAUUCCAUCUACACCAGAGGAUUAUGGUAUCAUUAACAAUGUUCAUAUUUCAAAUUGUUUAAAUUAUUUAAAUAACAAUAGCAAUAAUAACAAUAUUAUAAAUUAUCCUAUUCCUUUAAAUAACAAUAACAAUAAUAAUGAUAAUAUUAAUAAUAAUGAUAACAACGAUAAUUGUUCACCAAAUAUAAAUGAAUCAUAUGAUGAUAUCGUUGAUGAACCAAUGUAUUACACUGGUAUGGUGGAGGGGGAAGAUGAGAAUAGAUUCUAUGAUACCUAUCAACAAAAGAUUCUCAAUAUGGUGACUGAUAUCGAAAAGAGUGAAUUCCACAUUAAAUUCCUAAACUUUUUGGUGUAUCUCUCUGGUAUUCAAUUCUUCCCAACCAUUGAGCCAUGCUCAAAGUUUGCCGAUGAACCAAUCAACUUUGAUUUGACACCGUUUAUCAAAUGCCAAAAGUUGGACUUGAUCCACACACCUCAAUUCGCUCACACCGUCUCUGUUUUGGAAUCGUUCUACAAGAAGGAGCUGUUACUUCUAGACAAUGAACAAUCAAAGAGAAUCAACCAACUUUCAAAGAUAUUAAAUCUAUGUUUACAUGUUAAACCAUUAUUGUAUCAAGAAACGGAUUCAAAAUAUAAACAAAUAAGAUCAACUUUUCAAGUUAUAAAGUCAUUCCAAAAGUCCAACUCUUGUGAUAUCAUCCUCAAGAUUCAAAAGACCUACUCAAAGGAACACAAGCAUAGAAGAAUUCUAUCUGCUGAGCAAGAAGAGUGUAUGAAUAAUUGGUUCAGUCAACAUUCAAAAUUUGAAACAGGUCCAUAUCCAGAGGAUGCAGAGAAGUCAAUUCUUGGUGCAUUGAAUAAUCUAUCAAAGAGCCAACUGGACAAUUGGUUUGGUAAUAAGAGAAUGAGAAACAAAUUAAAGAGACAGAAAACCGAACAAAGCUAUCAGGUUGAAGAUGAUGACGAUGAUGAGUCUGAAGAAUAUGAAAGUGAAUCGGAAAGUAACCAAUAUGAUGAACACUAUCAAUAUAACGAAAAUGAAGAAAAUUAA